AUGCAAAGCAGCGAGGAUGAAGCCUUUGCUCGCGCGUUGCAAGCCGAAGAAUACGAGCGGUCCUGUGCAAGCACCGCUGAUGCGAAAUUGGCCGAGGAGCUCCAGGCCCAGGCAUACGAAGAGGCCGGGUUAUCUGCCGCAUCGGCCGUGGUAAGCGCCCGGCCCUUGUCUGCCGUAUCGGCUGAUGAAAAACUGGCUGAGGCACUCCAGGCUCAGGAAUAUGAAGAGGCCGCCGAUAUCGAUCGCGCUCUCGAGGAGAACAACUAUGAAGCUCUACUGGCUUUGGACGACGAUAAUGUGCGCAUUGGAAUAGACGAUCCCGAUGCCGUCUCAUUUCUCACUUCCAAAGCCUUAGAAGAAGAGUGCAGCAUUUGCCUGGAUACCAUGGCUGGUUCAACGGCAGUGCGCCUCUUGUUGUGUCAUCAUGGCUUUCAUGAUGAGUGUAUUCGCGAGCAUUUCAAGACGAGUCAAGUUUGCCCCGUUUGUAUGUCAGACCUGCGAGAGCUGGCAGCCAAGUAG